AUGAUCUUCCUUCGUGCCAAUCGAGAUACAAUCAUCCAAAGUAAAAUCACCGUCCCCGAAACGAACCAUCGUCAAAACCUCUCUAUUCCACGUAUCGCUCUUCACCGUGCCAAGAAUUUUCUUGCCAAAUGCAUCCCUUGCAAGGAAUUGGCGUUGGAUGCGUACCACCUGAUCAUGGCUACCCGAACCAAGUACCUUGGACUCUUGGAACAACCUGUUGAGGAGCCCAGUGAUUAUGGAAAUCGUACUUAUGCACCUCCUAUUACUACUACAGCAACCGAUUUGCUUCCAUUCACCCGCCAGACAGCAGAGCUCACUUUCUCUUGUACCUCCACCAUCAUCGGUCCUGAAAGAAGUACAAGUGAAAUCAACAUACCAACUCAAUCUUCUGUUUUAUUGGAAGGGGAGAAUGUUAGACGCGUUCACGAUGAAUCCGUGGUGAAUAGUAGCUUCACCCAAGCAUUGGACGUCACUCUUAUUUCAGACGAAACACAAGAUGGUACUUUGGAAACAACUCAAGAAGUAGCUACUCCAACCCAAUCUUUUGUAAUCUUGGAAGAAGAAAAUACUAGAAGUGCUAGUGAUGAACUCAUGUUGACUAGUCCCAGCCAAACAUUGGACGCUGCCCUUAUUUCAGAGGAACCGCAAGAUGAUACUUUGGAAACAACUCAAGAAGUAACUACCCCAACCCAAUCUUCUAUACUCUUGGAAGGAGAAAAUACUAGACGUGCUAGUGAUGAACUCAUGUUGACUAGUCCCAGCCAAACAUUGGACACUGCCCUUAUUUCAGAGGAAACGCAAGAAGAUACUCUGGAAACAACUCAAGAAGUAACUACUCCAACCCAAUCUUCUGCUGUUUUGGAAGGGGAGACAUCGAGACGUGUCAGCGAGAAUACCAUUGCCAGUGGUUCAUUCAGCCAAACAAUGAGCGUUCAUCCUGUUCCCACGCUCAAUGAUGAAACACACUACCUUUCUCAUGUUCAAGAAGUAGCUGUCCCCACAUCUGUUGAUGUUACAGAGCAAGUGAUUCCACGUGUUGUGCGUAACCUGUUUACAAGUGUCCCAACUACUUUGGAUCCUAUCCCUCAUCAUGAACAAAUUCAAGAUUUCCAAGUAGUCACUGUCCGAGAAGAAGGCCAAGUGACCUCAACGAACUCUUCCGAUUUUUCCGACGAACUGGAGGUGGUAGAGGAGGAUGAAGAGCUUACCUAUGAUCGUACUUCUAACGAAGAAGAUAAUGAAGUAGUUGACCGUUUGCAACCCGAGCAAGAAGUGACGGAGAUUGUUGUCCCAGCCUUUGAUCAGACGCCUGUCGGAUUGCAACGUGCAACAUUAGUACAAUUAAACAAUAGGGUGGAAACGCAUGUCACUGAGGACGUGCAAUUAGAAGAAGAAGAAGAGGAGGCCAGACGAUUGACGGAAGAUGAGCAAGGCUAUGCGGACAACCACCAGGAUGAGACGAUGGACGAAAGAAAUUAUACGGCUCAAGACCUUGCUAUUUUUGAACAAAAUGCAUUGUUCAGGAGAAGAAUGCAGAGAGAAGUAGUGGCGAGAAGGGGAAAAAUUCCUGUGUUUGUUCGUAGAGAUUUGAACGAUCCAAGCUCUUCAGAGGCGUCCAGUGAAUACUUUGAUGCACAAGAGGAAACGCAACCCGUCGAUUACAAUACUGUGAUUGAAAACAUCGUGGGUCCUUGUAACAGUGACGAAUUAGAGGAAUAUGAGCACAAUCCUUACAAGGUGCUUUGUGAUUUGGGACCACUCCUGGAUAUCUUGAAAGAUAACAAGUAUUACACUUUUUGCUAUGAUGAUCCCAACAAGGUGUAUGUCAUUGACAGGGAUGCAGAGGGAGGAGGAAUGAAUGGUGGUGUACAUAAGGCUAGAUUUCGUAACGAUACAACAAGACGCCUCUACGCUAUGAAGACGGUCUUGGUUGAUUUCCACAAGCCUACGUAUCAUGGAAAGUUGACGGAAAUUCGAUCUGAAGUUCGCUUGUUGAGACAAGAACAUGAUCGUCUUGCUCGUCUUUGUGAUUUGCGUAUUUACAACGGUCGUGUCUUUAUCUUUACGGAUUACAUGCCUUAUACUCUUACAGACAUCAUCCAAAUGAAAUAUAACUCGGGUAUCCAUAACGAUGUUUUAGUACACAUCUUUCUUCAGUCAAUGGAAGGAUUGGAUUAUAUCAAUAACACAUUGGCCAUGGUUCACGGUGAUAUUAAGGGCUGUAAUAUCAUGAUGGAUAAAGAUGGUAACAUCAAAUUAAUCGAUUUUGGAUUUUCGGGAUACCCAACCGACUCACCAGGCAGUGGAACUGAAGCAUUCAUGUCUCCAGAGUUAGCAGCGGGUGGACCCAAUACGGCUGCAUCGGAUGCAUGGGCUUUAGGAAAGACCUUUCAGUAUCUUCUUGAUUGUAACAAGGGUCAUCGUGAGCCUUACCUCAAACUUAUCUGUAAGAGCUUGAUGGCCUCUACGCUUGAGGCCAGAAUCACAGUCCGUCUCGCAUUUGAGAUGCUAGACUUGGCUGUUCGCAGUAAAUGGUUGGAGAAGGCAGAACCCCAAACUGCAUUGAAUCAUGUUGCAUCAAAUGCUUAA